AUGAGGGGACUGGCGCGGUGGAUCCUGGAAAAACCCGUCUUCAAGGCGUGGCACUCGCGGUCGCGUCGACAUUUAUGGCUGCACGGGCUUGCGGAAUGUGGAAAGACGGUUCUCAGUUCGACUGUGCUUGAUCAUGUCGCGAAGGAAACCAAUGGUCUAAUCAUCAGUUUCUUCUUUGACUUUAGCAACUCUGCAAAGCAGACAUUGGAUAGCAUGCUGCGGUCGCUUGCUUUCUAG